AGCCCAAACCUAACCGAGUACAUUUUAUGAAGCAAAAGGGAAAAAAAAAGGUGCUUCUUCCUGUUCUCCCGAGAAAAUGCCGUCUCCAUUUUACCUCUCUUGCUGCUCAUAAUCACAACUUUUUAGCCUUUCAGCUUUGAAUUCACUGUAGAAGUUGAAGGAAGGCGAUUCGUUCAACCAAAGGCAACCGGUAUACAUUGGUAGAAUUUAAUGGCAGGUGAUGAUGGCCUGCCGUCUUUGGGUCGUGUAAAGAUUACUGAUCUCAUACCCUCAGAGGGCUUACCUUCAGACUCUUACAAGCUGUCAGUCUCUACUUUAUCACAAUCGUUUGCUCAAUAUUCAGCUGCUGUCAUUCAGUUUCCAGCUGGUGAUGGAGCUCUUUUGAGAUCCGGUUUAGAUUCUGCUUGCCUUUACUUCCAACAAAGGGAAGCAUACCCAUCCGCGGACAUGAUUCACACAAAUGAUUCUCGUGAAUGGUGCAAAACGUCUGGUUACUAUGCUGAUCCGCAACUUUGGCAAGAAACUUAUGAUUAUAGACCAGGCUUAACUCCUAUAGAGCCCAGUAAUGCAAUGGAGCUUCCUCCAGGUGGUUUGCCCGACAUAUUUGGCUUGCUUGGUAAGGCAGCACGAGGCGUACUGGAUGCUAUGAGCUAUUACUUGAAUUUGCGCAGCUCUCCGUUUACCGAAAUACUUGAUAACGUACCAUUAAGAAGCAGGGAAGUAUCAUCUUCGGUAUUAUCUGUGUGUUGUCAUGCAAGGCCUUCUUUUCAUGGGGCACAACACCACAAUUUAACAACACAGGAUGAUGGUCAAUUGAUGAUGUUCCAUGACCAUGAUCACCAGGUUGAUAAAAGCUUAAUAUCUGUCGUUAAGUCAGAUAAGGCAGGUUUGCAUGUAAGAGAUUUUCAUGGUCGGUGGUUUCUUGUUGAUGGGGACCUUGGUCCUCAAGAAGCUGUCGUUUAUCCUGGACUAGCACUUUAUCAAGCAACUGCAGGUUAUGUCAAUCCUGCACUGCAUAGGACAGAGAUUAAUAAUAUUCCGGGUAACAUGUAUGGACGAUGCUCUUUGGUUUUCAAACUCAUGCCCAAAUCCAUGACCAGUCUCAGUUGCUCGGAGAUGAGAGCAGCUGGUCAUGGGGUUGAAGCUCAGUUCCAGAUUCCAGUGCCAGUUGAUGACUUCAUGCAGAGAUCUCACCCAACUGAUCAGCUCUUUAAUAGAAACACUUUCCAGAGCUUCAGUUUCCCGACUGCCCAAGACGGAUCUAUGAAGCCCUUGAUGAGAAGAAGGAAGAAUAAUACAAGAUGCAAACCUCUGCCUCCUUCCAAGAGAUUACGGCUUGAGGCUCAACGUGUCCUUAAGGAAAGGGUUCAGGAUAUUGCAGACAAAAAGGGCAUCAAACUAAGGUUUUGUAACCUAAAAGAGUGCGAGAAUCACAUUCAUGCACUUGAUAGCCCUUGUGCCAAUAUCAGAAUGGAAAUCGGGUGGCCACAUGGAGUGCCAUUUGUUCAUCCCCAUGAUUUACCUAAUAAGGCAAAGAUUGGUUUUCUUGAAGCAUAUGAACCUGGUUGGACUGCAACUCAUGAUAUGGAUUUAAGCCUGACGGAACCAGGACAGGCCAGCCAACAGUCAGCAAACUGUAACUGAACCGGAAUGUAGUUCCCUUUUGUGCAAUUAUCCUCAAUGAGCUCAUUUGUGGUGAUCGGCUUGGAGGAUUUCAACUCGGAGGUUAUGUAUGACAUGAGCUUUUCUGCUGAACCAGAUUUGAGUUGUACUUCAACUGCCAAUUCUCACAGAACACAACACCACAACACAUCUGCAGACCGAGUAUUGUCUGCAGAAACCAAUCUGGAUUUCCAACGCAACCAGCAGGAUUGUUCUGUUGAAACCCCAGCCCUUUGUAAACUGAAAAGGUUUUCACUGUAUCGAUUAGCAAACAAGACAGGUCACUAAACAUGUCUGUGUAAACUAUAAGGAAAGAAUACAUUUGUAUGUGAAUAGUUAGUUUCUUAGGUAAAUUUCACUCUUUGUGGUCUCAAGGUUCUUCCAUUGCUCAUUUCUUUUUGGUUUCUUGAGUUCCCUCCAUGUUUCAGCUUUCAUUUUGUAGAGAAAGCAAAAAUUGAGGAAUAACAGGGAUCUUUUCAGUUUGAUGACU